GCAUGGGCUCUACAUACACUCUUUCAUGGCCACCUUGUUUCAAAGAGUCAAAGCAAAGAGUUGUGGGUCUUUCACACGCACAUAUACAAUACAACAACAAAAAUAAUUGAGGGAAUCAAGUUGUGACUCCAAAGUAAAUCAAAGAGUCACCAAAACUUUUUAGAGAUCUCAUUUAUUUCUUCUCUCUAAUUCAUUUCCUUCUCCUAAAACAUUCAACAAAAAAAAAACAAGUCCUUUCCUCAUACCCGCCAAAGAUUACAUGAUGGACGAUAAGAAAGCUGCAAAUGCAAUGGGUGGCAAGACAGCGAGAGCCUGCGACGGGUGUUUACGCAAGCGGGCUCGUUGGUUUUGCGCUGCGGACGAUGCUUUUCUUUGCCAAGCUUGUGAUGCUUCAGUCCAUUCAGCGAACCAGUUAGCCAGUAGACACGAGAGGGUUAGGCUCCAAACGGCGUCGUCCAAUGGAACAGUAGUAUUGAAUAGCCGCCAUGAAAACUUGGCGAGCAGCUCACCGGCUUGGCACCAAGGCUUCACAAGAAAGGCAAGAACACCUCGACAACAUCAUAAUCACAAGCACUUGUUGGCUCAGAAAGUUAAAGAUGAUGAGAAAACUAUGAAUUCUAGUACUGAUCCUGUUGUUCCUGAGAUUGGUAGUGAAGAGGGUUCGAUGGAGUAUGAGAAUGAAGAGCAGAUGCUUUACCGGGUGCCCGUGUUCAACCCUUUCGCAGAAGAUCUCUGCAAUAUUAUGACAAGUGAAGGAUUUUUGGAAGAAGCUCCAAUUGGAAAUCACCAUCAUGAGGAAGAUGGGAAUAUUGGUAUUGAUGAUUAUGGACAUGAGGAUCAGACAUGCGAGCUGGAGAAUCUUCAUGGGUUUUUGCCGUCGGAUAUGGACCUUGCAGAGUUUGCUGCCGAUGUGGAAAGUCUCUUGGGAGUCGGAUUACUCGACCACGAUUCUUGUGUGGAUGUCAAGGAUCUUGGGCUGGUAGAUCAUAAAGUGGAAAAUGAUGCUUGUUUUGGUGAGAAAAUGGGGUUUGUGAAGGUUAAGGAGGAAGAAUUGGAAGGCGUAAUGAGAGGUGAUUGUGAUUUGAAUCCUGGUUUUGAGCAAACAUUGGAAUGGAACUUCGACUGUGAUUCUCCGGUGAUAGGAGAAGAAGAAGAAGGAGAUGAGGGGGAGGAGGAGAAGAAGAAGAUUAAGAGAUUGAGUGCGACUGUUAAUGGUGACGUAAGUAGAGGGGAGGAGAAGAGGAAUAACAUAUUCUUGAGAUUAAAUUAUGAAGAAGUGAUUACAGCUUGGGCUAGUCAAGGCUCCCCAUGGACAACGGGAAGCCGGCCGGAGCUCAACCCCGAUGAUGGUUGGCCUCAAUACGAGGGUGUAUGUUCAGAAAAUAUGAGAUUCCUAUACGGGGAUGUGGGAGGUUUUGGAAGAGGCAACAACGAAGAAAGAGAAGCAAGAGUAUCAAGAUAUAGAGAGAAGAGAAGAACUAGAUUGUUUUCCAAGAAAAUAAGAUACGAAGUAAGAAAAUUGAACGCCGAGAAAAGACCUAGGAUGAAAGGUCGCUUCGUUAAGAGGAGUUCCUUAGGGAACCCCUAUUCUUACCUCAAUAACUAAUUACAUAUAUCAUCAAGGGCUGGAAAUAUUUCUAAAUUAGAUAGUAAUAGUUGAUUGAUUAAAAUAAAGGGGAUGUUAUUAAUAACUUGCAGUUAUUGUUUUUUGAGUCUAAAAUUACUGUGAGUUAUCUUUCUUUUUUCCCUCUUUGUUAAUAAUAUUUAUACUCAUUAUAACUUCUUGAUAAUGUUUACUAGUACUAGAAAGUUAGGUUCAUAUAUGUUGAGAAGAAGAUAGCUUCUUCUUAACUUAUUUAAAUGAUUGUGCGUUUUAUAUAUAAUAAGUUAGAUUUUUAUUUGAUUUAUUAGUCUGUAUGUAUAUGUUGU